UUCAUCCGCCAUUUAGAUCGAGGGACGACAGCGAGUCAUGUCCAGAGUAGCGAUGCAUCAUUCAAUCAUCACGUGUGAUGGAAAGCCUGCAGUGGAACGCUGCACAACAUGUUGCAGACAGUUCCACUGCCCCCUUUGCCCCAAAGGCAUGUUCAAGCCGAACCAACCAGCCAGACUUCAGCGACAUUUGGAAGUCCAUAUUAAAAAUGCUAUUGCAUUUCAAGACAAUAAUGCCUGUGGACCACAUUGUGAAAUUAUCACAAAAAGUGAGAAUGUGAGACCAUGCCGAUCAUCAUGGACCUUCAAGCUUCAUCCUGCCCAAGAGCAGCUGCUUAAAUACGUAUUGGACACUGACAACCUAGCGGGCGAGCUCAUUGUUAAAACAGGAAAAAGUUGCCUGACCCGAGCUGACUUCUGGGGGCUUGGAUUGAACAAGGAAAUGGAAUCAACUAUAGGAAAUGCGUGCUUUGAAGUUAUUGAGAAAAUUGCUCAAUCACAGGGGAAAACCAUUUUUGUUGCUGACCUCUAUGUUUCACUAAUUCCUGGCAACUGGACAGAGAAAACUGGAUUACAAAUUCAGGGUUUUCCACGACAACCAUAUGGGAUUGACUGUGGCAUCUUCAUGUUGAUGAAUGCCUUUUACACCACACUGGAUGCUCCCUAUGACUUUUCUGUUACGGACAUGCCACUUUUGCGACAGUGGUGGUGUAUCAUCCUUAUGGAAAAUUUUUACCUUGGAAGCCAUGGAAAGCUGUUCGCCCACUGGACAGAUGCAUCAAAAGCCCUCCUGCGAGGUGAGGUGCCACCAGUGUUUAGGCUGAGGAAAAGGAAGGUGGAUGACAUAACUGAGGAUGAAGAGCAGCAGGCUGAGGUCUCAGUCAGACCUGCCGACAAGGACACACCAGUGGAAGGGGACUCGGUUGAAGAUCGUAUUCUGCAUGAUUGCAGAGAUGCAGCAGAGUGGGUUGAGGCCAAUAAACAAUUGUUCUCUGCCAGAGUGGACCUGCCUGAUAUUCUGUGCAUGGGGGAGAACCAGGCUGAGGCUGCUCUGCAGUAUGGGAGGGUUUGGACAGAACAACUGGACGACAAUGAGAAGGACUCAAUCCUGGAGCCCUUCAAAUUCACAUUUUACUCCACAAAGGACAUGUGGAAAUUUUGUGACGAAAUUGUGGACAAAAGACACAGUUUGGCUUACUGUGAAUGUCACCACAGAUGA